AUGCGAGCACUGUCACACGCGCAGGACGAGUUGGGCCAAUACCAGUUCGGCUACGCCUCCCACAACUCGGCGCGCAAGGAGGUCAAGACCGCUGACGGCGUCGUCCGUGGCUCCUACAGCUACGUCGACUCUUUCGGCAUCCCGCAGAAGGUCAGCUAUGUGGCGGAUGCGCUGGGCUUCCGCGCGGCUGCCACCAACCUGCCGGCCAUGCUCGCCACCAAGGCCAUGAUGGCUCCUGCUGCUGUGAUGGCCCCUAAAGCUAUGAUGGCUCCUAUGCCCAUGAUGGCUCGCCGGACCAUGAUGGCUCCCAUUCCCAUGAUGGCACCGAUGGCGAUGCGCAGCGCCAUGGCCUUGCCGAUGCCGGCUGCGGCCAGCAAGCAGCACCAUGUCCAGGACGAAUGGGGCCAGUACAGCUACGGCUACGCCAGCCCCAACUCCGCCAAGAAGGAGAUCAAGAGCGCCGACGGCGUCGUCCGCGGCUCCUACAGCUACGUCGACUCUUUCGGCAUCCCACAGAAGGUCAAGUACGUUGCGGACGCACUGGGCUUCCGUGUGGCGGCCACCAACCUGCCGGUGGCGCCGGCGGCGGCGCCCAUGGCCGCCCGGGCCUGGUAG